AUGGAGAGGCUAGAACCGGACACAGUUACAGAAAUUACUGUUGAAAUAAGACACGAGAACCAAAUGGAUGCGGUUACUGGAAAAAUUUUAGGACUAUUACCAGUAUUUGUUUUGCUAUUAAUCAUAUUCGCUAGGAUAAUAUUUGUGAUAUAUAAAAAUACUGGACAAAAAACGCGCAAUCCGCAACAGAGGCGACAGUACAUAGGGUCGCGGGCGCGGCCAUCUUUACCGCAAGUGGAGCCAACAAUAUAUGUCAGCCCCGCCAAUUUACCCCCACCGCCUAAGUAUGAGGCGAUGGCUCCACCUAGCUACGAAGAGGUAGUCGGCAUACAUUAUCCGAACUACCAGCCUACACAAAUACAACCAAUCGCACAUCCCAUAGCGACAGCUAUGGCGCAAAACACCAACGCGAGUGUUGCCUCUGCAAAUAUUCCAGAAAGUAGGAACCCUGACACACCGCCUGUCGGAACACCGACCACUGUUCUCUCAGUAACAAAUGAAAGGCGAACAAUUGUAACAUCCAGCUCAUGA